AUGGCCGAGAUCUACCAUCACCCUCUCUUCCCUUCCCCUUCUUCUUCUUCUUGCUCCUCCUCCUCCUCCAAUGAUUCUUGUUGUCUGACUUCUGGUAGAGAAAUAUAUACUCUUUGGAUGAAGUCGUUGGUGUUGAACGGGAAUGGUUGCACCAUCUAUGAUUCUAAUGGCGAAGUAGUAUAUCGUGUUGAUAACUACGACCAGAAGUGCUGCAAGGAGGUCUACCUCAUGGAUCAAGGUGGCAAAACUCUUUACAAGAUACUAAGAAAGAAGCUUCGGGUGUUUGGAAGAUGGGCAGCUUAUCGUUACAAUGACUCGAAUGGAGAAGAGAAGAGGCCUAGAUUUCGAGUCAAAAAAGCUUGUGGGAUUGUAAAGGGAAGUGGGUCCUUUGGAAUUAAAGUUAUGGGGUGUGGCGGGGAGAACAAGGCUAGUUACAAGAUAGAGAUAUUGAAGCACCAGUCAGUGUACAGAAUAAUGGACGUAGCUGGAGGACUUGUGGCACAGUUAAUUGGUGACCACAGGUUCAAAGGAAGCACACUGUUUCAGGAGUUAUGCUGGGAGAAGAUGUUAUGACAUUGGCGGUGGAGCCGGACACAGAUCGUUUGCUCGUUAUGGGACUCGUCGUUGCUUGCUGUCUUAUAAAUCAUUAGUCUUAUAAAUCAUUAAAACGUGAAGUCUCCCUCA